AAGAUUACGGUUUGUUUUAACUUAUAUUUUGGUUUUGGUUGUGUCAUAUCGGAGGGCGGGAACGUUUCAUUCGGAGCUUGUAUCUGACCGAACGUAUUUUCAGGUGACACCGUCCGUCCCGGUAAACAGUCCGGAGCUUUCAGUCGACGUGCAGCGAAGCUGAAGAGACUUUUUAAAUGAUUAUUAUAAAGCAAAGCGACUGAUUUCAGUUCAAUAUGGAACUUUCAUCUUUACUUCAUGACCUUCAUCUCUCCUCCUCCUCCUCAGCAGAGAAGCUCCUCCCCUCUCCUUCUCUCCCUCCAAUCACAGAGCUCCUGUCUCGGCUGCAGCAGCAGCUGAUUGGUGCAACUGAUAAAUCCUCCCUGAUUGGUCGUGUGGAGCAGCUCUUCCAAAGUGCAGAUCCUCACUGGCUGUUCUCCCCUGCCUCAGCCAAUCACGGAGCAGAACAGGAGGCGGCAGGGAGGGCGGAGCUUCAGGCGGCGUACAUCUCUGUGGUCGGUGCACUGAUUGGCUGCGCCGCUCUGCCGCUGUGUGAAGACGACUGCGGCUCACUGCCGGCCGCUGAGUACCGGAGCGUCCCCCCCCGAGCCGUCCCGGUGAGCUCCGCCCUCAGAGCGCUGCUAAGAACUCUGGGAAACUGGGAGGGAGAGGGCGGGGCCAGAGGAGGUCAGACCGCCCUGCUGCUUGCUGUGGCUCCACAGAUCUGCGUGUUCACUGUCACACAUUUCCAGGAUCAGGUCUGGACCAGUUCUUCCUCCAGAGAGGCAGCAAAGAGUCUGCAGAAGGCGCUGCUGAAGGCGGGGAGCUGGAGAGACUCCGCCCACCUCCUGAUGGGGGACGGGAGGUCGGGGGAGGAAGAGGAGGAAGAAGGAGGGAAGAGCAGAGGAAUUCUGGGAGGAAUCCUGGACGUCCUGCAGCCUCAGCUGACCAAGGACUCGUGGCAGCGCUGUGAGGCAGUGAAGCUGGUGUUUUCAUGGACUCUCCUGCAGGUAACUCGUCCCGCCCUCUCCCCUCACCUGCCCCGCCUCCUCCCCCCCUCCCUCCUCCUCAAUGACCACCACAGACCGGAGAACUGCAUGCUGGGAGUUCGCUGUCUGCACCACAUCGUGCUCAACACGCCUGCUUCAGAUCUCCGUCAGUUCAACACAGCAGAUGUUCUCUAUCAGGCUUUAUUCAGACACUUGUUCACCACUGAGGCUGCUGUUAUACAGCUCGUCCUCUCCUGUCUGUUGGACCUGCUGCUGGUUUUGGAGAAGCCCCCCUCUUCACUCGCCCCGUCCUUCUCCCGCAGGAAACCCUGUCACCAUGACGACGUGCUGCGUCUGGUCCUGACCCACAUGGAGGCAGAGCACAAGGUGGCGCUGCGACGUGUCUACGCCUCGGCGCUGCUUCAGUACCUGGACAGGAUGGGCGUGGCGGUGUGCCGACACCUGCGGCGGUUGGAGAGGGUGAUGCUGGGAUACCUGGAGGUCAGAGAUCCACCUGAAGAGACGAGCCGACUGAAGAUCCUGCAGGUUCUGCAGAAAACUCUGAAAGCAGCCUGGCCCCGGAUGGAGAGUCGUGUCGACAUGUUGCUGCGUUGUUUGUUGCGGUUGCUGGUUGAUGUUUCUUCAGACUCUCAGCUCAGUGAUUCAGUCAAACAAGAAGUGAUGAAUGAAACCGCUCACUGCAUCAAGCUGCUGGACGGCUGCUCGCACGGAAAACUACAGUCUCUCCUCCAGCAGGUCGACAGCAGCUGCUGCAGCUCUGAGGUGCUCGGUUGCCUAGCGACAGUAACUAUAAGGGCAGCCAGGUGAUGCGGCACACCUGGCUGCUGCUUCCUGACAGACGGGUGGUGACUGUGUCAGCUGAUGGACGUGAAGUCACGAUGUGAAGAGAAAGAAAACAUCUUGUUUCAAAGGAUCAGUCUGAUGUCCACACACACACA